GUAUUUGUAAUAAUAGAGUGUGAUUGUUAGCUAUAUGGGCAGUUGAAGUUUACUCAAAAUUCUAUAAUCCUAUACAGGUGUCGAAAAUAUAAAUAAUGGGGAACUCAAGGUCAUCAAGAAGUCCCUCAAAGCGUCACCAUAGCAAAAGUAAACACAAAAAAAGAACAAAAGAUCGGGAUCGGCGAAGAAAUGAUACUUCCGAAAUCGAUCGAAGUGAAGAACAAUCACGGAAUAAUAGUUCCCAUAAGAAAAGUAAAUGCACUGAGUCUAUAAGUCAAUAUGAGUACGAAAGAAGUAGCCGUGGAUCUUGUCACUCAAAAUAUAGAAAGCAAUCAAAUGUUACAAAUAGCUCCAGCGAGAGCUUGCAUUCAGAAGAUUAUUAUGAGGUGCGCCCAAAAAAACGAAAGCGGUAUAAAGAGGUUGAUGUUGACCGGGAAAAAGGAAGUGGCAGUUCCCGACGUCAAGAGGAAGAGGGGCAGAUAAUUAAAGAGGAAACCAGUAAGCGCAUUGAGCUAUUGGUUAAGAAAAGAGUUGAAGAGGAAUUAAUAAGACGUAAAGAUGAAAUUGAGAAGGAAGUACUCCGUAGAGUAGAAGAAGCAAAAUCCCAAAUGGAGUUAGAGUUAAUGUUGGAACUUGAAAAGCAACGGGAACAAAUUCGUGAGGAAGCUCGGCAUCGUGAGGAGUUCGAGAAAAAGAAGAGAGAAGAACUCGAGGGCAUUUUUGCAGAGAACAAUCGAAGAAUAGAAGAAGCUCAGCGAAAAUUGGCUGAAGAACGAUUAGCUAUGAUAGAGGAACAGCGGUUGAUGGAAGAAAGACGCCAACGAAUACGUAAAGAAGAAGAGAAACGAGUCAAAGAGGAACAAAAAAUUAUACUAGGAAAAAAUAAUUCUAGACCGAAACUAUCGUUUUGUUUGAAACCUGGUGCCUCGUGACUUUUUUAUGUGUUGAUGUACAUUUUAAAUCUUAAUAACCUUAAUUAUUUUAUAGUGUAAUUAAAGUAAAAUACUCCACAAGAUG